GAUUUCAGAUUAUUACUGUUUGUUGUUUAGUUGCAUUAUUUAUUCUGCUAUACCUGUGCUGAGCCAUGAAUCUUCUUUGUUUCUUUGUUUAUGUCUGAUAUGUCCUUUUGCCUACAUGCUCUCAAGGGAAUUUUUUCGUUUAUGUUAGUUGUGCUCCAUGCAUGUAGAUUCUAUCUGCAUUAUACCGUUAUUAUAUUAGUUGUGGUCGUGCAUGUACAUUCUAUCUGCAUUGUCCCGUUAUAUUUAUGUGCCCUGUGUUUAUUCUAUGCAGUUCGGUUUCUUCUACUUUGUGUUUGGCCUUGCUUGUGUUGUCAGUGUCAGAGUGCGAUGUGUCCUCUGUGGGUGUCAAUACUUUGUUAUGUUGGAUGAUGUGGAUUGAUUUGUCAUUCCAUUAUUGUUGGGCUCAUUUGUAGCCUGCAGUAGCUGUCAGCUUGGUAAAUUUUUUGGAUGUGCUGUCCUUUCACUGUGGGUAGGCUCACAAAUUAGUCUACACUAUUGUUGCUCUACACUGAGGGGUUUUUAUGUGUCGUUGAUGCCCAUUUUGGCUAUGGUCCUCUCUUCCUAAAUUGCUUUAGUUUUAUUUCUUUUGUCAGUGUUUCUACCUCUCUGUCAGUUUCUUUGUUGUCUUGCAGCCUAUUUCGAUGCCUUCUAAAAGGCCAAAAAAGGCAUGCUCACCUGCAAUCAGUCCAAUCUGGUUUGUUUGUUCAUCAUGUGCAUCGUAGUUCUCCAGCAAGUUGUCAUGGCCUUAUGGAAGGCCAGCCAGCUGCAUUUUUAGGUGCAGGUUUGUGGUUCAUUGAGGAACAUUUUGGUUCGGUGCCAUUCAUUUUGUGCUCGGUUGCUUCGUGUUCAUCUUUUUGCUCGGUGUGUGCAAUUAUUCGUUUGCUCAUCUGUGCUUUAUCUAGACCUUUGUUGACACAGAUGGUUGUUCUUAUUUGCAUUCAUGUUCUAUUAGGUGCAGCCUCCUCGGCUGUUCCUUCAUGGGCAUCAUCGUCAGUUAGUACCUUCUCUUUUAUGUGCAUUCUAUAUUGUCAGCCAUAUAGAAUGUCACUUCAUUAUUGAGUCUGUCUAUGGUCAUAUAUUGUUGGUAUAGGGGACCAUUACUGUCCAAUGGUGGCACGUGUUGAUUCAAACGAGAAUCGUGCUAAAAGAAUGUGUUGUAAUAGAGUCAAAGCGGCAGCGAGGCAAGGUCUGUGUAUUUCCUCAUUGCGUGCCUGCUCUAUUUGUUUCUCUCUAUUUGAUGCCUGCAUUUUUUUGGUUACUGUUGGUUGUAGAUCGCAUUUACCGUGCUCCCUUUGUUGAGCCUGUAUUUUCAUUUCCUAAGGAGUAUAUUGAUAUGUUGAAAGGUACGCUCUUGGAUGAGUCUAUAUGUUUAGGUACUGUAGGUCUAUUGUUCUGUAUUUUAUUUGCACUGUCGCAUCUCUUACUGUUCCUGCAGCUAGAUAUCCCGGACGGUCUUUUUAUGGUGGUCCUGACUAUGUGUGCCAAUAUUGUCUUGCUGUUUUCUGGUAUCAUGAGAGAAUACAGAAUCAAAGUAACCGUCACAAAAUUUGUUAUAAUGGAUGUUGUCGUGGGGGUAGGGUGUCUCUACCUAAGAAUAGAGCUUUCCCUUCACCUCUUCAAGAGUUAGUGAGUUUUAAUGGAGGUCCACGGUCCAAUUCUUUCAUGCGACUUAUUAGGCAGUACAAUUCAUUGUUUGCCUUUUGCUCCUUGGGUGUUCAUGUUGACAAAUCUAUCAAUACUGGAGAUGGUCCUUAUGUUUUCCGUAUCAAUGGUGUUGUUCAUCACCGCAUUGGGUCACUGCUCCCUGCUCCUGGCAAUUGUCCGGAAUAUGCGCAGCUAUAUAUUUAUGACACGGCCAAUGAAAUUCAGAAUAGGCUUAAUAUUUUCUCUGCUGAAAGUUUUGACCAGCCAGAUGCAUAGAUUGUUGGUGCACUCAUCCAAAUGCUAAAUGAGAAUAAUCCUUUGGUCCAUAAAUUUAGAAUGGCACGUGAUAGGCUUCUGUCACCUGUUGCACCAGAUAUUGCCAUCAGACUGGCUGGCACUAUAGAUGGUCAUGGUGAUAGGUAUUCUUUACCUGUAGUUCCUGAGUUGGCUGCCUUGCUUAUAGGUGGUUUAUCACCUAAUGUCUCAUCCUUUGAUGUUAUUGUUGAGGCCCAUACAUCUGAGCUUAAGCAAAUCUCUCCAAUUCAUCCGGCAUUAAUGUCAUUGCAAUAUCCAUUACUUUUCCCACAUGGCGAUCCUGGUUUUCACCCUGGGAUAAUGCUGAAACAGAUAGAUGGCCACCCUACUGGCCGAGAUAAGGUGUCUAUGCUAGAGUACUAUGCAUACUAUAUGCAUUACCGUAGAGGAGAGCCUAAUCCUGCUCUUUGUUGUGGAAGACUAGCACAACAAUAUGAGGUUAACUGUUAUUCCUGUGUUGAGGCCAAUAAAUUAGCUUUUUAUUUUUUCAAUCAAGAUUUACUUCGAUGUGAGACCUACCAAGGUAUAUCCGAUGCAAUUGGUCAUGGAGCAUCAACAGGAAGAGAUGUUGGGAUUAAGAAGAUGUUGCCUGCCAGUCAUAUUGGGAGUAAGAGAUAUAUGCAGCAGAAUUUUCAUGAUUGCAUGGCUAUUUGUUGUGUGUAUGGUCCACCAGACAAGUUCACUACUUUUACAUGCAAUUCCAAGUGGCCUGAGAUUACAGAGGCACUUAGAUUUGAGGCAGGUCAAAAACCUUGUGACCGAGCAGACAUGGUAGUUCGAGUUUUCCAUAUGAAGCUGCAGGAGUACCUUACUGAUAUAAAGGAAGGACAUAUUUUUGGACCUGUUCGUGCAGUUGCACAUACAAAUGAGUUUCAAAAACGCGGCCUACCACAUUCACAUAUCCUUGUGUGGCAAGUUGAGACAGGUAGUGAACUGUCUGCUUCCGAAGUUGAUAAGUAUAUUUCUGCUGAGCUUCCUGAUCCAAAGGUGGAUCCAUUGGGAUUUUCUUUGGUCCAAGAAUUCAUGAUUCAUGGCCCAUGUGGUGUCACCAAUCCAAAAAGUCCAUGUAUGAAAAAUGGCAAGUGCUCCAAGAAUUAUCCAAAGCUCUUUCGUUCAGAAACGAGCUUUGAUUCGGAUGGAUAUCCUUUAUAUCGGCGCAGAGAUAAUGGCAUUCAAGUAUGGAAAAACAAUGUCCAACUGGAUAAUAGAUGGGUUGUGCCCCACAAUCUUACAGCGCUGAAGAAGUAUCAAGCACAUAUCAAUGUUGAGUCCUGCAAUAAAACGUAUCUUAUCAAGUACCUUUUCAAGUAUGUAAACAAGGGCUUCGAUUGUGCCAGAGUGGGAUUUCAGACAAAGCAAUCCAGUUCAGCUGUGCAAUCUAAUCAUGGACACAUUGCAUCUGUUCAGCAAGAGCCUGGUGAUGGUGGUGUAGAUGAAAUUGCAGAAUAUAUCAGAUCUAGAUAUUUAUCUUGCUGUGAAGCAACUUGGAGACUUUUUGGAUUUGAAAUACAUGGAAAUUUUCCUUCUGUUGAAAGACUCUUUGUGCAUCUUCCAGGAAUGAACUUUGUCACUCUUGAUGAAAAUGCAGACCUACAAGAGGUGAUUGAUGAUCCUGAAUCAGAAAAGAGCAUGUUAACUGAAUGGUUCACUGCAAACCAGAUUUCCUCAGCUGGGCAUGAUCUUACUUACUGUCAGUUUCCAACUAGAUAUACCUGGGAUUCGGAUAGUAAGACAUGGAAAGUUCGCAAGAGGGGCACUAAAUUAGGAAGGCUCAGGUUCGUGCACAUUAGCACUGGUGAAACGUUUUACCUUAGAAUGUUGUUGAUGGUAGUUCGUGGUGCCAGAAGCUAUGAGGAGGUACGCACCCAUGAAGGAAUUGUCUAUUCUACUUUCCGAGAGGCAUGUCAGGCUCGAGGCCUCAUUGGAGAUGACACUGAAUGGGCCUUUUUAUUCGAUGAGGCCAUUAUUUGGGCAACUGCAUAUCAACUGAGAAAUUUAUUUAUGACUGUUUUAGUGUACUGCGAUGUCGGUAAUGUCAGAGCUUUAUUUGAUAAGUAUUGGAAAUAUACGGCUGAUGACAUUGGUUACCGCCUUCGCGUUGCACUCCAGAAUCCAUCGUAUAUAAUUCCUGAUUCCGUGCUGCAGUCUGGUCUCAUGAAAGAACUGAGUGAUAUGUUCAGUAACAAUGGGCUCUCCAUAUCAUCCUAUGAUCUACCUAUUUCCGGAAUGAAUUCUGUGGAUGCCAGUACCAAUAGACUUAUUAUGGAGGAGAUGUGCUAUGAUAAGGCUGCAUUACUUGCUGAUUCAGUAAAAAUAGUCGCUUCCUUGAAUUCUGAUCAGAGGUUCAUAUAUGACUCCGUUACUGAGGCUAUUUCCAGACAUGAAUCAUUUGUUUAUUUUGUUUCUGGACAUGGAGGUACUAGCAAGACCUUUUUAUGGAAUGCUAUUUUAGCAACUCUGAGAUCACAUGAUCAUAUUGUUUUAGCAGUUGCUUCAUGUGGUGUUGCCUUUCUUCUCCUUCCUGGAGGUCGUACAGCCCAUUCGAGGUUUAAAAUACCACUUGAUAUUCAUGAGAAUAGCCUUUGUGGAAUUGGAAGGGGAACUAACAUUGCUGGUCUCAUCGCUAGGACUUCUUUGAUUAUAUGGGACGAGGCUCCUAUGAGUCAUAAACACUGUUUUGAGGCCCUGGAUCGCUCACUUCGUGAUAUUCUGGCUGUUGAGGACACUAGAAAUGCUUCAUUGCCAUUUGGUGGUAAACCAAUGUUGCUUGGUGGAGAUUUUAGACAAGUUUUGCCUAUUAUUCAAGGUGGUGACCGUACUGAAACGAUGAAGGCAUCUUUACUAGGGUCAUAUUUAUGGAGACAUGUUAAGGUUAUGCGACUCUCUAUAAAUAUGAGACUAAGUAAUCCAUCUCUUUCUCCACAAGACAAGAUUGAAAUGGAAAAGUUUGCAAAAUGGGUUCUUGAGAUCGGUGAGGGCCGAGUACCGAUGGUAGUUAAGAAUAACCAGCUGCAAAAUGAUUGGAUACAGAUACCACAAAAUUUGGUGCUCUCACCGAAUGGUCCUAAAAUACCAGCCAUUACUGAAACUAUAUAUGAUGAUUUCGACCUCUUCUAUGCAUCGAUUCCCUAUCUUGCCCAGCGAUCCAUAGUAUGUCCUGUCAAUGCUAUUGUUGAUGAGAUAAAUAGUUUCAUGCUAAACAAGGUGGCCGGUUGUACCCGUGAAUACCUGAGUUUUGAUACCAUUGCCAAUUCAUCUGAGCAGCCUUCAGAUUUUCAAAUGCUAUACCCCCCCGAGUUCCUAAACUCCAUAACUCUUAAUAAUUUUCCACAGCAUUGUCUUGAUCUCAAAAUAGGUGUUCCUGUUGUCCUUCUAAGAAAUAUAAACCAAUCAAUUGGACUCUGCAAUGGCACUAGAUUGCUGAUUGAGAGAUUAGGUGACCGGUUACUGGAAGGUACAAUCAUAACUAGAAAUCAUGUUGGAGAGACAGUUUGCAUACCUAGAAUUGUUCUGAAUGGUACAAGCCCAAAAUGGCCUUUCACUUUACAACGCAGGCAGUUCCCAAUAAGAGUUUGCUAUGCAAUGACGAUAAACAAAUGCCAAGGCCAGACACUAGGAAAAGUUGGUGUGUACCUUCGUGAACCAGUGUUCACUCAUGGGCAGUUGUAUGUGGCUGUGUCAAGGGUAAACUCAAAUAGUGGUCUCAAACUACUCAUUGAAGAUGAUGAUGGUGAACCAACUAACACAACAAGAAAUAUUGUGUACCAUGAGGUUUUAGAACAUGUUUAGUGGUUGCGCUAUCCAGGCCAUUACUUGAUCAGAUUUGGCAGAUCUUUAUUGUACAUGCUUUAUUUUUCUUUUAUGUGUUGCAUCUUAGUGGUAUUGUUAAAAGGUCAUCCAGAUGCACUGCCAUCUGUUUUGAUUAGGCGUUACCUAAAUAUAUGUACAGCUUCCUUCAUUGUUGCCUACUGUAUAUGUUACUAUUUUAGCUAAACAUUGCCUUCACCUGUUACUAUUUUAGCUAAACAUUGCCUUCACCGUUUCUCUUUUCUCAUAUUUGUUGCUUCAACAGUUCGGGUAAUUAUUCUUAGGCCUACUCUUUGCUUCUUUUUUAUCUUCUCUGCUAUUAUUUGUUUGUGCAACAAAGAUUUAGUCGCAGUGCCGGAACUCUUACAAAAUCCUUAUUCACUUUAUUUGCACAUGACAUUGUUUGCUCUCCUACUAUUGCAUUUCGUCAUUUUGCAUGGAGCUUCUAUUUCAUUUCAUUAUUUUCAAUGGAGUUGUUGCUACUACUAUUUAUUAAAUUUAGUUUCUUCUAUAUUUUUAUUGCGCAGAAUUUUUAUUCCAAAAAAUAAUUGUUAUGCACUUUUCCU